AUGCUCGAAGGUACAGCGUCUGUGAAAAUUCACGUGCCCACUCUUUGCGUCGCACAGCAGAUUUGCGUCGCGUGUGCGGGCGAGGACGACAUGACGGUACGUUGCCAGUGGUGCGGUGUGCACGAAUUCGUGUUCCGCGAUGAUCCGGUGAGGCAAUUCGUCGAUUUCGUUACGAGAAUGACAAAAUGUUUCAAGCAGAUUAUCUGCAUCGCGCACAACGCCAAGACGUUCGACGCAAAGUUCAUCCUUCGUUACAUCACGGAAAAACGUGUCGAUUUGGAUCCACGAGUAAUAUUAAACGGGAUGAAGAUUGUCGUAUUAACGGCCGGGCGUACGAAAUUUAUUGACAGUAUCAACUACAUGCCGAUGCCUUUGUCAGCUCUGCCGAAAACUUUCGGUUUGCGGGGUGGAGUGGAAAAGGGAUAUUUUCCGCAUUUAUUUAACACACUCGCGAAUCAGUCGUACGUCGGUCCGUUACCAGCCGUUAAAUGAUACUCGCCGGAUAGUAUGUCUAGCAAAGAACGCGAACGUUUUUUGUCGUGGCACGCGGAACAGAUGCGCAAAAACGCAGUUUUUGACUUUCAACGCGAGAUAGUUCGUUAUUGUCUUAACGACGUUGAUAUCUUGCGGCGAGCGUGCAUGGCCUUCCGCAAGAUAUUUCUCGAGUGUGGAAACGUAUGUCCGUUCGAAGAAUGCACGACCAUCGUUUCCACAUGUAUGCGCGUUUUCCGCAAAAACUUUUUACGUGAGGAAGAGAUCGGCGUCAUUCCUCGCGGCGGAUAUCGCUUCGCGGAUACGCAAUCCCGCAAAGCUCUGCAGUGGCUGGUGUGGAAAGAGCGCGCGCUCGGCCGCAUCAUUGUUCACGCGGGUCACGGGCGAGAACAUCGUCUCGCGGAAGUCGGAGGCAUUCCCGUCGACGGGUAUUACAAGACGGCGAACGGUGAGCGUCACGUGUUGCAAUACCACGGCUGCUUUUGGCACGGGUGUUCCGUGUGUUUUAGAACGGAACGCGACAAACGUCUCUGCACGGGGGAGCGCGAAGUGUACGACACGAUAAACUCGCGAUACGAGCGUACACUGACAACGUUAUGGCGUCUUCGCAAACGAGGGUACAUCGUGACGAAGAAAUGGGAGUGCGCUUUUGAUCGCGAUAUGCGAAAAAAUCGCGAAAUGUGA